CUUCUCCGCUUCCAUCUCCUCAGUCUGCUGCAAUGAUGUGUCCUCCAAUGGGAGCUCUUCAGGGUUGCCAUCAUUACUGCCUGAAAAGCUGGUAUCUAUGGACCCCUCAAAGGACUUCCCCCGCUCAGACUUCACGUGACUUGUAGGGGACGCGGUUUCCGGAUUCUUGGAGCCGUCCAUUUCCGGCCUGAGGAGCUUCGCUGUUAGAGACGCAGAAGGCGCGCGUAACUGCGAAACAAAGGGUGGCGCGGACAGCCGUAGUCAUGGCGGCGCCGCAGCCCAGCCAGGCCGCCCAAAGCCCCGCGGCGCCGCCCGAGCAGGAGGAAGGAGCUGGCGACUGUGCGGCCCGGGAGCCCGACUCCAUGAGCUCCCCUGCCCCGGAGCUCCCCGGCGCGCCCGCAGCUUUGAACACAGCGCCUCAGGCUGACGCCGCCCCGCGUUCCGGCGCCUCUCGUCCCGGCCCCGAGACCUUUCGCCAGCGCUUCCGGCAGUUUCGCUACCAGGAUGCGGCCGGUCCCCGGGAAGCCUUCCGGCAGCUGCGGGAGCUAUCCCGCCAGUGGCUGCGGCCCGACAUCCGCACCAAGGAGCAGAUUGUGGAGAUGCUGGUGCAGGAGCAGCUGCAGGCCAUUCUACCCGAGGCGGCUCGGGCUCGGCGGCUGCGGCGCCGCCCGGACGUGCGCAUCACCGGCUGAGCGGCGGAGCCCCGGGCUCCCUGGACUGACACCCUACCCCGAGUUAAUAAAAGUUGAAUUUUGACAGCUGUG